UGCCUGAAUAGAAAAAUUGAAAGGUGGAGCUCAACUGUGGAAACUUCUUGUCCCUUUCAUACUAUUGUGUUUAACAGUUAUGAUGGGGAUUUUAAUAUAAUACAGUUGGGAAUAGUCUUCUUCUAGUGGAAUUGUGGGUCCCAUUUCAUCUGAAACUGAGGGAAGAAACAUUGCCCAUUAGGCCAUGUUAGUUUGGCUACAGUCAUGCAUGAGAACUGUUGAAGAAUUUUUAAAAUUUAUGUGCUCACUAGUUUGGUUAGUGGGGGUGGUCAUAGCAUCUUAAUUAUUUUAUAGGAUUUGAUCCUGGACUGUUGCCUCUGGGAAGGUAUAAGUUUUCAGGACAUUUGAGGGUUGCCUCACAGCGGAUAGCUUUGUAUCUUUCAAGAAAAUUGAUUGAUAUGCCCUUUGUUAGUGUAUAAUGUCUCUGCGGUAGGGCCAAUUUGAGUUGGUGUUCAUCAACAUACAAACAGUCAUGAAGAUUUUUAGAUACCAUACAUUAAAAAAAUUGAUUUGGACAUUAGAGGCCAUGACUGAUGGUGGUUAAUAAGUCCCAUUGAAUUAGUGAAUUUGGUGAUUGACAAAGAAAUAGAAUGCGCACUUCAGUUGUUGUGGCACCUAGGCAUAAAUCUUUUAAAUUUAGGGGUGCAAUAUUGCUAGGGCAUUCUUGUACUUAACCCUGUCUUCUAUAGCUUGACUGCUUUUGAGGUUCAACUUACACACAUACGCAGUACAAAAAAAAAGAAAAAAGAUCAUUAUUGUGACAAAGAUCCUUGCCUCAUUCUUCGCUAUUGAUAAACUGGCAACACAUGUUGUGCAUGUUGUAGUGGACCAUAUUAUCAACCUAACACCCCCCAAACAAAAAAAACCAUAAUGACUGUUGUAAAAAGCCUCUUGCUUUUCCUUUGUUAAUGAUAACCCAAUAAUAAGUCAUGUAUUUGAUAAAAUCUUUAUUAGGGGGCUUGAUCUAUAGAGCUGUCAUUUUGAAUAGCUCAUUGUGGCUCUAAUUGGAUGCUUGAUGCUAGAGCUUUCAUGAUUUAUAACUGGUUGAAGAAUAAUGGCUUGAUUCUAAUGUAUAUGGAUCCCUAGGUGCUGUAGAUGUUGGUGGACAAAGUGUUUCCCUUUUGUUUGUAACAAUUUGGCUUGGCAUAUUGGAAUCACAGUAAACUUGGGAUCACUUUCAUAUUGUUUGGAUUGUUCUAGAGGAACUGGAUUGCAAAUAUUUGAAGAUGGUAUAUUAUUGGCUUCUAUAUUUUGAUAUGGUUUUUCCUUGUUUUAAUUGGAUAGAAAGUCUCUCUGAAUCUUGGGCCUUGUUGUGGAUGUUUUUCCAGAAAGGAAAUAGAAUGGAAAAGAAACAUAAUCCACUUGUGAUCCAUUGUGUUUUUCCUUUGGAUAUGUCAUCAACUUUGGAAGCCCCCCUUCCCCCAAGCAAAAAAAAGAAGAGAAGCAUGUAAUAUCUGAAAAUUUUAGAAAUUUUGGGUAUUAAAGAAUUUAUUUUUUGAAUUAAUUGGAAUUACACUUGAAAGGGGGCUUAGUUGUAGUUUGGUAGAUUAUCGAGCCUUGGGAGGAAUCCAGUAGAAACAAACUGUGAAUUCACGAAGAAAUGGGCCUAAGUGCAAUUUGUGAAAAAUUAUAAAAUAGGCCAUAUUUUGUUAACUGAAGAAGCUAACUUUGAGCAUUAAAUUUGACCAAACUGGGUAGAACCCAAUACUAUGCUUUAUAGAUGGCAUAAAGACGAACCUGUGGGACCCAAUUUUGUCAAAAAUCGUCGAAUAGAUUAAAAAUUAUUUGAGUCUAAAGUUGGUUGAAAUGCAUGACGAAUUGGUUGGGUUGACUACUUUGGAUCCACAUAAAACUCAAUCGGGUUUAGGUUGAGACGAAUCAAAAUAUAAGUGUCAAAGUAGACAUAACUAAGAAUACAAUGGUGUCUUUGAAUUCCAAUAUCAAUGAUUGGAUAAAAAAUAAUCGACCUUAGAAGAUUGCAGAAAUAACUGUUGAGACACGACGAACAGUUUAGGAAGGUGACUUUGGACUCGAAUUUUGGACAAACGAAUUCAAUACAUACCGAAUCACUAGAUGAACCUUACCUAUAACAUGUAGGAGGGCAAAACAAUACUUUCAGUGCAUAUUUUCGACCCUUAAUGAAAAAGAUAGGGGAAGUAAAUGAAUUUAAAAAUAAAAAAUAAAAAAUAAAAAAUAAAAAUGAUAACCGAAUCAGAGAUUGACGUAAAAUCAAUUGCGACAAUCCCUUGUAAUCAGUUGGGUUUCCAAAUUGGAGAUUGGAAUUGAUUGAGAGACAAUCAAGGGUUGAAAUGAUGCGUCAGAAAUUGGAAGGAUUGGUAGGAUUUGGCAAAAUUUUGACAAGAAAUUGGUGAAGGCACAACAAAUUAGGAAGCUAAAGUGGAAGUUGCAAAACUGUAAAAGGGGGCGCCUAGGCUCAUCUCCGAGCAUCCCAACAAGAGCAGAUGAGCAGGAGGGUGAGAAAGAGAGAUUUGGAGGUUUUCCAGUGGCUAAAGGGUCGGAAUUCAAUGAAGCAGUAGUGAGACGGCUGUUACUCCUGACGACAGAAGAGGGGUGGUGGUGGUCGGUGAUGACUCUGAAGCAGCCAGAAGCGGUUGCCAACGGUGGUUGCACUGGCUGGGAGUGGUUAGAGCGUUGCUGGCAGUGAGAGGCAGCGUCAGAGAAAGCAAAGGCCACAGGACAAAUUUUCUGAAAAGCUUGAACUUUGUCAGGUGGCAUUUCCACCCACACUUUUAGGAUGAUACUGCAUUUGAGAAACAAAGUGCUCUGUUUGCUCUGGCAAUUUCAGACAUUGUACUCAUAAAUAUGUGGUGCCAUGAUAUUGGUAGGGAGCAAGCUGCUAACAAACCACUCCUAAAAACAGUAUUUCAGGUCAUGGCGCGAUUAUUUAGUCCUCGCAAAACUACACUUAUGUUUGUAAUACGUGAUAAAACCAAGACUCCACUGGAACAUUUGAAGCCUAUUCUUAGUGAAGAUAUUCAGAAGAUAUGGAAUGCAGUUUCUAAGCCCCAGGCUUAUAAUAACACACCUCUUAGUGAAUUUUUCAAUGUUGAGAUUACUGCUUUAUGUAGUUAUGAGGAGAGGGAAGAACAAUUUAAAGAGGAGGUUGCUCAACUGAGGCAGCGUUUUUACAAUUGUAUUGCACCUGGAGGGCUUGCUGGUGAUAGACGGGCAGUUGUCCCUGCCUCAGGAUUUUCUUUCAGUGCACAACAGAUAUGGAGAGUAAUAAAAGAAAAUAGGGACCUUGACCUUCCUACUCACAAGGUCAUGGUUGCAACUGUGCGGUGCGAAGAGAUUACCAAUGACAAGCUCAGUUGCAUGACCUCUGAUAAGGAGUGGUUGGCAUUGGAGGAAGCUGUUCAGACUGGUCUAGUAUCUGGUUUCGGGAAAAAGAUUAGUUCAAUCUUAGAAACAUAUCUUUCGCAAUAUGAUAUGGAGACUUUCUACUUCGAUGAAGGUGUGAGAAAGGGAAAGCGACAACAGUUGGAAUCAAAAUUACUGCAAUUGGUGCAUCCUGCAUAUGUUACCAUGUUAGGACAUAUACGUUCUAAGGUGCUCGAAAGUUUUAAGACUUGUCUUGACAAAUCACUGCAAGGAGAAGGAUUUGCGGCUUCUGUUCGCUACUGCACUAAGGCUUGUGUUCUUGAGUUUGAGCAGAGUUUUGCAGAUGCUGCUAUACAACAAGCUAAUUGGAAUGCUUCAAAAGUCCAGGAGAAACUUCUUCGUGACAUUGAGGCACAUACAUCAUCAGUUCGUAGUGAAAAAUUGUCAGAGAUUGUGGCUAAAUCUGAGAAACAACUUGGUUUGGCCCUGACUGCACCUGUGGAGUCCCUUCUGGAGUCUGGCAGAGAUGAUUCCUGGGCUUCUAUUAGAAGAAUUCUCAAACGUGAGACAGAGGCUGCAGUAUCUGAAUUUUCAUCUGCUGUAUCUGGUUUUGAGUUGGACCAAUCAACAUUCAACAAAAUGGUGCAACAUUUGAGAGACUACGCUAGAAGUGUGGUUGAGAAGAAAUCAAGGGAGGAGUCUGCAAAAGUUCUGAUCCUGAUGAAGGAUAGGUUCUCUACAGCCUUCAGCCAUGACAACGAAUCAAUGCCAAGAGUUUGGACUGGAAAAGAAGAUAUCAGAGAAAUUGCAAAAGAUGCUUUCCAUGUGUCACUGAAGCUUUUAUCUGUUAUGUCUGCCAUCCGGUUGGAUGAGAAACCAGAUAAAGUGGAGAAUAUACUAUUCUCAUCACUCAUGGAUGGAAAGGUUGCUGCUCCUUUGCAAGAUAAGAGCACUAGAGAGUCUGCAGAUCCCCUUGCCUCAGGCUCAUGGGAGGAGGUACCCCCUGAAAACACUCUGGUUACACCAGUGCAGUGCAAGUCUAUCUGGAGACAAUUUAAGGCAGAAACUGAGUAUCCAAUCGUUCAAGCUAUUUCUGCACAGGAGGCUCACAAGAGGAGAAACAACUGGCUACCACCUCCAUGGGCUAUCUUGGCAAUGGUUGUACUUGGGUUUAAUGAAUUCAUGCUUCUUUUAAGGAACCCUCUUUACCUUAUGGUCUUAUUUGUCGUUGCCUUACUCGCAAAAGCCAUAUGGGUACAAAUGGACAUUGCUGGAGAGUUUCGUUAUGGCACUCUAGCUGGACUUAUGUCCAUCUCCUCAAGGUUUUUUCCCACCGUCAUAAACCUCCUGAAGCGACUCGCAGAAGAGGCUCAAGGGCAUCCAACUCCUGAAGCACCGAGAGCAACUCAUUCUCUGAGUUCCCAUAGUUUUAGAAGUCAAACGCCCCAGCCAAGUUCAGUUCCCGUUUCAUCUGUAUCAUCCAAUUCUUCAUCGAGUGAAAGUGGCUAUGAAUACUCGAGCCCUCAGCUGUCUCACAGGCGCGUUACAAAUAUUCAACAACCAGAGUUUUCAUGAUCGCGAGCUGAGCCACUCCAUUGUGUAAUCACCUUCUCUCUAUGUUGUGGGUUUUCCUUUUCUUGUCUGUUUGGGAGGCAGGCCAAGAGGGGAGAGAAAAGGGCUUGAAAUGUGAUGUGAUUUCCUGUGCAAGAAUUAAGAUAAUUUUGUACGGAGGGCCUAGGCUGGUUCUAUCAUCACUUCGAUGAAGAAGAACGAGAUACUGUGUCAGGGAUAUGGACCUUUAUUUACCUAUGUAAGUACUUCGAAUGUAAAUUUUCAGAUGCAAUAAAACGUGAUUAUGUA